AUGGACAACGAGCACCAAGCACAGUUCAGCGAACAAUCGCAUCUCCCUCCUCACAUCGAGCGGUCCCAAUCAAGCUCAUCUUCUUCUUCUGUCGAUCACGACCACGACGAGCACCACAUCCACCAGCCAACUCCUAUCCGACCUCGGUUGCCCAGCAGAAAGAGCAGCGGGCCGUUGGUGGUACCCCGGGACAGCUCGGCAGUGGGCCCAAUAGAUGCAGAGUUUGGACCCGACGACGUGAGGGCUAUGAGCCCACGGAGGACCAGUGAAGACAUCGAAGCACUAGGAAGGGAAGCGCGAGAAGAGCUCAAGAGACACGCAAAGGCUUUGCAAGACUCGCUCUUGACCAUCUUCAACCGCAUCGAGGCCGUCAGAGAAGAACAUGACAAGCUCGAUAACAACAACAAGUUCCUCCAAAAAUACAUUGGCGACCUCAUGACCACGAGUAAAAUCACUGCCGCGCCAACCAAGGGCAAGAAAUAA